AUGAAGUUGGUUCUUAAGGACCAGGAAGAGAAAAAAUCUAAGGAAAAUCCUAGAAAGAGUCUUUUGAAAGAUGUUUUAUUAGGAGUUAAAGAAACUAAGGAAAAAACAAUUUUAGAAGGUGAUUUAAAACUAGAAGGUUUUUACAAUUUAGAAGAAUUAGAUUGUUCUAACAACCAAUUAACUAGUCUGGAUCUUAGUGAAAAUAAAAAAUUACGAAUAUUGUAUUGUAAUUAUAAUCAAUUGCAAAGCAUAAAUUUUGGUGAUCUACGGAAUAUUGAGGUAUUGCAUUGUCGCCAUAAUCAACUGCGAGAAUUAAAUCUUGAUCUUUUUAGUAGUCUGUGCGACCUAAAUUGUUCUUAUAAUCAACUUAGUGAUACCAAACUAUUCUCCCGUUUGCCUUAUCCCAAGAAGUUAAUUAAUUUAAACCUUUCUAAUAAUAAUUUUGCUAUUAACCCUGAGGCUAAUAACGAAGGGGUGGAAGUUCAUCAUUUAUCUUUUUUAACCCGGUUUGCUAACUUGGUUUAUUUGGAUGUUGGUAAUAAUUACGAUUCAAAAUAUGCAUUUCAUUAUGUCCGCAACAAUUUUCAUGGUUCCUUACAACCAUUGUGGAGAUUAAGGAAACUCAAACAACUAGGCAUUGCUAACACGGGUAUUAAUAGAGUGAUGGUCUACCGAGAAACUGACGUUAAAGAAAGCAAAAGUCAAACUCUGGUUCGUUCUAACGAAUUAUCACUACGAUCCGCUUUUGUUGAAGAACUAGCACUUACCCCAGAACAAGAAUUAAUUGAUCUUAAAUCUCAAUUAGCUGGUCAUGAUCCUACUAAACUCGUACAACUAUGGCAAGAUUUUGCUAAUUUACAGCAAAAGAUGAAAGUUUAUUUUAAAAGACAAUUAACAAUCAAUGAAUUGGCAGAAAAAGUUUCGGAGGAGUUAACUAAAAAUAAUCGAAUUAUUCAAGAUUUGCAAACUCAGUUACAAGCGUUAAAAAAACAGCAAACUGAAAAAGAUCAGGGAAUUUAUCAGCAAAAAAUUCAGUUAGUUCAGUUAGAGGUAGAAUUAAAUAAACUAUCAACUGAGAAGCAACUUCUAGAAAAAACCAAUUCACAGUUGGAAUUAGCAUUGCAUAACCAGCAAGAUAAAACCCGGCAACUAACCCAAGAAAAUACUAACUUAUCUCUUCAAUUAAAAAAACCAGAACGAGAACAAUUGCUCGCUUCUGCUAAUCAGAAACUCAGUGAAGAAGCCCAAUACAUACUAGAAAGUAUGCUAGAAACUCAGAUCGAGGUAAUGAAUGAUGCUAAUAAUAAAUCCGCCCAAAAACGAUUAGCCAGAGAUAAAAAAGCCUUAAAUAAAUAUAAUCUAACGGAGGAAGAAUUACAAAACCUUCUAGUCAAGAAAAUUGAGUUAACUCAGUUGGAAGAGAGAUUAGAAGCUUGA